AACUGGAAAAGAGUUGACUUGCGAGUCCCGGUGAACUUCAAAACUGAAAUGUAAGGUUUAUUUGUUUAAAUGAAAUUGGAUGCCUAAGUUUAAAGUACAAGUGAAUUGGAAGGUCCAAUAUUCCUGUAAUUCGUCAUCUGUUUGUAAAAGAAAAGGCUACAAGUAAUUGUUAAAAGCUUUAAAAUGCGUCGUCAUGUCUCAUGUUAACAAAUUUCGAAAUAGAGUUUACAGUAACAGACUGGCGUAGGAGGUUUGACGUUCGGCACGUAUUCAGAUCCUACGUCAUCGAGACAACACGUGAUCCUGGUACGCCUCCAGUCUCCGACAUAAGCGAUGUAAUUAGUAACGAGAUCAGGAUAUGAUCGGGCGUAAGAUUUUUAGUUUGUAAAACUGGUCAAAUCGAGCUAAUAUACAUUUUUGUGCUCCAGACGAUUUUGAAUACAAAAUGGUCGACAUUGAUGCCUUCGUUUUGGGGUCGAAAACCAUUAGGGAUAUGCUCUCAAACGGAAAUUUAGAUAGUGGUAUCGUGAGCGACUACAAUUCAGAUGAAGAUGAAACCGUGUCUCUCGACGGAAAUUUGGAUUUUUCGAAGAUAUUGCAUGAAAAGAUGAGAGAAAUAAUGGUCAGAGAAAGUGAAGUUGAGUGGAGCAGUAAUUAUUGCGACUUGCCAUGCCACAGAAUUGUCCAACCAAGCAAAAAAUUUUAUGCUGCGGCAACAGGCCCAGACGAUGGUGCAAAGAACAUCAUUCUAGAGCUUAGCAGUAAACCAGAGUGUAAGAAAACCAAGAAAGCGAAAGAUUGUGAUCCAUUUGGGGAAUGGAUAAAGGGGCACUCCCGCGCUUAUGGAAUUGGAACCUCACUGUAUGAUUGCAAUCCAAUCACAAAGUUAUUUUCGGGAGAUCCAGUAGCUGAUGUCUUUGCAGUGAUUGCUGGAGAAAACAGUUGCAUUCUUGCUCUAGCUGAUGGUGUAAACUGGGGAGAGAAUUCAAGGUUAGCUGCAAGAUGCGCUGUAGCUGGAUGCCUCCAUCAUUUAAGCCAGCAUUUGUACACAGCAACUACAACUCGAGAGAUCAUGUGCAUGCUUUUUGAAGCAUUUGAGAAUGCACAGAAAUGCAUCAUUAAUAAGAAUGCAACGAUGACAACUCUUUGCGUGGCUGUUGUUUGUCAACUCAAAGAAAUGGACAGAUGGGGACUUUGUGUUGUCAAUGUUGGGGACAGCCUUGCCUUUGUUCACAGAAAAAGCAAAGGUGUCCAAGAGGUCACUAUUGGCUCCCAUUAUGACACCCAGGAGAGAGACAUGCGCGAUCCUGGCGGCUCUUUGGGUCCUGUGGAUGGCUACAACCCCGAUUUGAGAAAUUUAACUUUCUCAUUCACCUUUCUCGACGCAGGAGACAUUGUCUUUCUUACUAGCGAUGGUGUUUCUGAUAACUUUGAUCCUGUGAUAGCUCAGUGUAAUCACUGUACAAGUUCUGAACUAGUGCGAACCCACAGUCUUGACUCCAUGCUGCAUGAAAUCAAUAGGAGUGCUAGGGAUCAGGAAGUAAUUUCAUCCCUGACUAGUAGCAGCAGAAGUGAUCAGGACAUUCCACAGCGCACGCAUGAUGCUCCCAUUACAAGGCACCAAAAGAUGCUUGCUGACAUGACAGAGGUGAUCCAGAAAGAAAGUCUCGAAGAUCAUAUCUCAGCACGCCAUGUCUGUGCCAAGCUCCUUUCACAUGUUAUAGUGUGCACUGACAAAAAGCGCAAAUAUCUGGAGCAAAUCAGCAAAGAUGAUCAGCGCUUAACUACAACAGACAAGAGAUAUCGGCGAGCCAGAGAUAAAGAAAUUUCCCGGCAUAUGCAAGACCUGCCAGGGAAGCUAGAUCACGCAGCUGUGGUUGCAUUUGAAGUUGGCCACUUCUCAGCUGAGCCUGACCAGCCAGAGUCAGAACAACAGAUUGAUGGAAAACCCAAAAUGAGCAUCAUAAACUUUUUCCGUGGAUGGAAGAAAAAUGGAAGAAGAGUGUCAGAGGAAGAUUAUAACAAUUCUAUUGAAAUGGUUGCCACAGAUUCUUUUAAAGAGCUCUAUUCCUUAUUUGGUAGUUAAAGGAUUCUCAUAUGACAGUCUUGUCCACACAUCCUGUAACCGUUUUAAGCCGUUCUGACUGAGAAGUUGAACUAUGUUGGAGCUGACAUGUGCAGCUGUUCAAUUUUUUUACCUUAGAUAUUUAGUGAAGUGAACUUUCUCAAACUACUUUAGAAUGUGGAAAACUGACAGGACUUUUUCAUCGAAGUCUUCAAUCAUAUGUAUUUCAAAAUCAUAUGUGCACAUUCUUAUGUUUAUAGAAAGUUUGUACAUAACAUUCCAAAAUGUAUUUAGUGCUUUAAAGCUUUUAGAAUAUUUGUAUGAAUCAUUUAGUUAAACAGUUGAAGAUUAGGGGUUGUUAAACAUUAAGAAAAGAUUUUGUAGUAAUGCUACACUAAAAUUAUUAAUGGGCUUUUUCAUGUUAGCAUCAUUUUAUUUAUGCUUCUGGAAUUAAUUUCUGUCCCUUUCAUAAAUACAUCUAUUAAUCUCAGUACACUGAAGUUGAAAUUUCAAAAAAAUUAAAACCCAGAAGAAUUCUGAAUUCUGUAUUUUCUAAUUUUUAUAUUGAUUUAUGCAGAAAAGCAGACACAUAACAGAUCUAAAAUUAGAUUUUAUGACUAGUUAGGGAAUAAAUUGAUAGUUUUUCUUUAGUUCUAAUGCAUCACAGGAGUACAUUUUUUAAAAGAUAGUACACAAUUCUAGAGAGAGACAUCUGUCAGUGUAUUAUUGUGACUAAAUAUAGCAUUUCUUUUUAUAGAAAUAAAUUACAGGAGUGUCAGUUGCUACGUGCUGUUUACCAGAUAUUUUAUUUGUCUUGCCAAGCAGGCAGGGAUAACCUACAUGAUGGAUUGGAUUACCUUAACACUAACACAACACUCCCAAAAGUGUUUGACAUGCAAAUUCUCCUCACAAUUUUUGUAUAUAAUUCACUUAACUUGUGACGAGAAUAGACACUUCAAUCAGAUUAAGAGAGCUAUGUUGAUGUAAUAACAAAUUCUUGAAACUGUUUGCAUGGAAAUGUACAGCAGCAGAACAGGAUAAUUACAAAUCAUAUCUUUGGAGUUAAAGUUUCAAGAAAAUUCAUGCGUGGCCUUGACACUUGACAUGCAAUGUGAUCAAUCUACACUUGCAGUUUUCAUUAGAAUUAUGGAAAUCAGUGCUCAUCAACCAACAAAAUGUGAUUGCCACUGCAAUUCCUUUAAUUUGGAUUAGAAGUUUGCUCUACUUAGUUUGAGCGUUUUUAUGUUGACAUUUAGGGCUACAGGGCGUGGCAGAAUUCCCAUGACUGAGAUAGACAAGUGCAAGCCAUCUGGGCCAAAGCUGUACUUUGAUGCACUCUAAGUUAUAUUCUUAAAAAAAAAAAAGCAAUUUGCAUGUGUUUAGACUUCUGUUGUAUUUAUAAAUAGAACAGAUUGCCUUUUUUGAAAACAGAAUUAAAGUGAAUUGUAUAUGUUCCUAGUUAAGGAGAUCAGAGAAAAAUGAUUGUUAUUAUUCUGUUAAAUCUUUUUAAAAAAGUAAAAUAAAAUCAAUUUAAAUUCCA